CCCUACUCAAGAGGCUAAUGGCAGCCGCUGUGGUGAGGACGUGCGUGGUGUGUGAGGCAGCCUCAUCCAAGUACAAGUGCCCGUCAUGCUCGAGCCCGACGUGCAGCCUCGCGUGCUCCAAGGCGCACAAGGCGCUGAGACACGAGGCUGCCAGCGAGGGCGUGGCCACAUCGGCGAAUGGAAAGGGGACGAGGCAGGAGGCACCUGCGCCCGUGAUCCGGGCCAAUGGGCAAGAGAUUCAGCCACCGCCGAGCGGGUACGCGGCCACGACGUCGUACGUACCCCUCUCCUCGUACGACGACCGGCAGCUGCUCAAGGACUUUGAGUACCUCCAGCAUGUCGGACGAUCCGUGCAGGAGGUCGGACGGGAGUUGACGAAGCAGCAGUGGUUCAGCCCGGACAUGGUCACGGGCCAGACACCGGAUGCGAGGACGUCGCAACAGCAGCAAUCACAGCAACAGGGGUAUUUGGGAAAAGGAAAGGGGAGAGAGGCACAUCACCACCAGCAGCAAUUCUCGGUGGGCCAGAGGAGGCGGCAGGCGCUCGACUCAACAAUCAGGCGCGGGCGGUGGCCCAUCAUGCUCCUGCCCGAGGGCAUGCAGAUGAGGCGAGAAAACCGUACGCAGUGGAAGAACGGCAAAAUGGCAUUUACUGUCGAAGUCCGGUCUUGCCAGUCAUCGUCGGAGCGUGUCAGUCGCUGGCGUACGCUGCUUCACCAAAUCAACGGCGAGGAGCGCGUCCACGAUGUGGUGCUCGAUCAGCUUGUCAAGCGCACCAAGAAUCUGCUGCCGAAGAAGGCGCGGAAGGCCGGAGCAUCGAAGGAAGCCCGGUACAUGAUCUCAGAUGCCGCCUGGCAGCAGGCCGGCCUCUCUCCGCCCAACAAGGGUACCAAAAGCAGCAACGACGAAGACGACAAUCGCGAGCCGAAGCCCUACGAUGCGCUGCCGGCCUGGUGCGAAAUUGUCGUUGCGGUGCAUUCGGACCGGCUCCGCAACGAGACGUCAGCCAAGUUCUUGGGCUGGUGGAAGCGCCAGGUCAAGAAUGGACUCGUCGGGCCAGACGGCUUGGAGCUCGUCAAGCCAAAGGAGGAGGACGGGGAAGGGGCUGAGAUUGACUUUUCCGAGGCUUCAAUCGCGAUUCCAACGGCACCACGAAGCGAGAGAGGCGGCAACGGCGGGAACAGCAAUGAAGGGGCUCAAAUAGAGAGAAAGGCAGAAGAGGCCGGGGUGCCUGUCCCGGCAGGUCUUGGGAGUCUCCUCUCAUCUGGCCUGCUCAGCAGGCUUCACGAGCAAAUGAACAAGGGCAACAACAAGCCGGCGGAGGCUUCGACGGGUACGCCUGCAGAUGGGGCUGCUAUAGACAGACCUUCCAAGGAAGAGCUCAGCAAGAUUAUGAGCAGGACCAUCAUCGUGGCCGCCGAUGAGACGCAGACGAUUGAAGGACUUGUUCGAGAAGUAGGAUCGCGGGGACUGGCCAUUGUCGAAUAUCCGUGUUUGGAGCUUUGGGAUGCCAAGUCGCUGCGUAAGGACGUUGCCAAGAAGGGCACAGAGGUUGUAGAGCUUGCGAGCAGCGACCUGAAGAGGAAGCGCAAAAGAAUCGACGAGGAGAUCAGCGAUGAUGAGGACGCGUCUGCCGCUCCAAGGCAUCCUGCAGCCAAGAGACAAUUGCCGGCGCCGGCGAAACCGGUGGGCAUCAUCGGGCUGUCUGCGUACGAUUCCAGUGACGAGGGCAGCGCCGAGGAUGAAAAAGAGGGUGCCGCGAGGAACAGAGAGGACACCACGGGGGAGGAAGAAGAAGGCGACGUCGAUGCGGGCGACAUGGCUUCCAUCGCGAGGGCUAUGGGCUGGAUUCCCGCCGAGCCACAGGAGGAGGCCAAGGCGAAGGACAGUCUAGCCCAAGAAGCAAAGGACGGCGAAGAGCUAGAUUGGGGAGACGAAGAUUGAUUCUCAUGCAUUUGUACUCUAUAUUGAAGCGAGCAAUGAUAGACGUUGUUGUC